UACAUGGAAACUGGAGCCUUGGGGAUCCCUGGGGUCAGGAUGCUGAGGGAAUCUCUCCCUAGAUGGAAAUAAGGCUGCAUGGGUGGGGCUGCAUUCUCUGGGACAAAAGUUAGACUGAACCUCUUCUCUCCCUGGGGCUAUCACACUCUUCUCUCCCUCGUUUGCGGGUCCCCCAGUUAUGAACCUCAUGACUGCUGGAGGGCAUGUAGUGGUAAGAACCAGGAGGGGUGGGGGUCAGUGUACUGCGGAACGAAUCCCACACCCAUGCCAGCUCCCACCCGAGCCAAGGUCCCAGCACCCUAGGACUGCCUCUGACUGCCCCAGGGGCUUCUCUGGCCAGGAGUGGGGGUGAAAGUGCACCGAUGAAGGGGCAGGGCGUGUCUCCCCAGAGCAGGGUGUGGCCAGUGGUCCAGAAGAUAAAUCUGAUGGCCAGUCACCGGCCCUUCACCGGUCGGCGUUCAACCCGCACUGUCCACUGUGCGCGACGAACAGGUUGAGGGUGGACAACACCGAGAGAGCUCGGAGACGGCUGCGGAGGUUCCCGCAACCCGUUGCUGUCAGCGCCGGGCCGCGCCCCUGCCGCCUGCCUGCACUUCCUCUCUCUCUGUGCCCGCUGCCGCUGCCGGAGAGCCCCGCUAGGCUCGGUGAUCCUAGUGGCCUGCAGCCUCCCGCCGCCGCCACGCCUUGGCUUCAGCAAGCGUGGUCAAAGGCAAGCCUGCCCCACCACGGCAUGAGAGAGAAGGGAGUCCUGACAUCUGCAGCCCCACAGAAGGUCCAGCUGUAAGGAACAUCGUCCUCUCUCAGUAUGACUUCACCCCCCAGCCCCCCAGCUUUUAGGCUGGAGACAUCAGACGGAGACCAUGAAGAAGACAGCGAAGAAGUCAACAAAGGAAAGCAUGAGCCACCUCCCAUGGAAUCGCCAUUCCAGGGCGAGGACCGGAAUUUCUCCCCGCAGAUCAAAGUGAAUCUCAACUACCAAAAGGGACUAGGCACCGGCCAGCAGGAUCCAAACCGCUUUGACCGUGACCGACUCUUCAGUGUGGUCUCCCGGGGUGUCCCCGAGGAGCUGGCUGGACUGCCAGAGUACCUGUGUCGGACCAGCAAGUACCUCACUGACUCAGCAUACACAGAGGGCUCCACAGGGAAGACGUGCCUGAUGAAGGCUGUGCUGAAUCUUCAGGAUGGGAUCAAUGCCUGCAUCCUGCCCCUGCUGCAGAUUGACAAGAAUUCCGGCAAUCCUCAGCCCCUUGUCAACGCCCAGUGCACCGAUGAGUUCUACCGUGGCCACAGUGCGCUGCAUAUUGCCAUAGAGAAGAGGAGCCUGCAGUGUGUGAAGCUGCUGGUAGAGAAUGGAGCAGAUGUUCACCUCCGAGCCUGUGGCCGCUUCUUCCAAAAGCACCAAGGAACUUGUUUCUAUUUUGGUGAGCUACCUCUUUCUCUGGCUGCGUGCACCAAGCAGUGGGAUGUGGUGACCUACCUCCUGGAGAACCCUCACCAGCCUGCCAGCCUUGAGGCCGCUGACUCCCUGGGCAACACAGUCCUGCAUGCUCUGGUAAUGAUUGCAGAUAACUCGCCUGAGAACAGUGCACUGGUGAUCCACAUGUAUGAUGGCCUUCUCCAAGUGGGGGCCCGCCUCUGCCCCACUGUGCAGCUUGAGGAUAUCUGCAACCAUCAAGGCCUCACACCUCUGAAGCUGGCUGCCAAGGAAGGCAAAAUUGAGAUUUUCAGGCACAUUCUGCAGCGGGAGUUCUCAGGACUGUACCAGCCCCUUUCCCGAAAGUUCACUGAGUGGUGCUACGGUCCUGUCCGGGUGUCACUGUAUGACCUGUCCUCGGUGGACAGCUGGGAAAAGAACUCGGUGCUGGAAAUCAUCGCCUUUCACUGCAGGAGCCCGCACCGGCACCGCAUGGUGGUUUUAGAGCCACUGAACAAGCUUCUGCAGGAGAAAUGGGAUCGGCUCAUCCCCAGAUUCUUCUUCAACUUCGCCUGUUACUUGGCCUACAUGAUCGUCUUCACCAUUGUUGCCUACCACCAGCCUUCCCUGGAGAAGCCGGCCAUUCCCUCAUCAAAAGCGACUUUUGGGGAUUCCAUGCUACUGCUGGGCCACAUCCUGAUUCUGCUUGGGGGUUUUUACCUCUUACUGGGCCAGCUGUGGUACUUUUGGCGCCGCCGUCUGUUCAUCUGGAUCUCAUUCAUGGACAGCUACUUUGAAAUCCUCUUCCUCGUCCAGGCUCUGCUCACCGUGCUGUCCCAGGUGCUGCGUUUCCUGGAGACUGAAUGGUACCUCCCCCUGCUGGUGUCAUCCCUGGUGUUGGGCUGGUUGAACCUGCUUUACUACACACGCGGCUUCCAGCACACAGGCAUCUACAGUGUCAUGAUCCAGAAGGUCAUUCUGCGAGACCUGCUCCGAUUCCUGCUGGUCUACCUGGUCUUCCUUUUCGGCUUCGCUGUAGCCCUAGUGAGCCUGAGCCGGGAGGCCCAAAGCCCCAAAGCCCCUGCAGAUAACAAAACCACAGUGACAGAACAGCCCAUGCUGGGCCAGGAAGAGGAGGAGGUCCCAUACGGGGGCAUUCUGGAUGCCUCGCUAGAGCUCUUCAAGUUCACCAUUGGCAUGGGGGAGCUGGCCUUCCAGGAACAGUUGCGCUUCCGUGGGGUGGUGCUGCUGCUACUGUUGGCCUACGUCCUUCUCACCUAUGUUCUGCUGCUCAACAUGCUCAUUGCCCUCAUGAGCGAGACCGUCAACAGUGUUGCCACUGACAGCUGGAGCAUCUGGAAGCUGCAGAAAGCCAUCUCUGUCUUGGAGAUGGAGAACGGUUACUGGUGGUGCAGGAGGAGGAAGCAUCGCUCAGGGAGGCUGCUGAAAGUGGGCACCAGAUGGGACGGUGUACCGGAUGAGCGCUGGUGCUUCAGGGUGGAGGAAGUGAAUUGGGCUGCAUGGGAGAAAACGCUCCCCACCUUGUCUGAGGAUCCGUCGGGGGCGGGCAUCCCUGGUUAUGAAAAGAACCCCACCUCGAAACCUGGGAAGAACGGUGCCCCAGAGGAAGACCAUCUGCCCCUCCAAGUCCUCCAGUCCCACUGACGGUCCAGAUGCAGCAGCAGCCUGGCCGGGCAGAGUAGGGAAUCUUUCCAGCCACACGAGCUAGCUCCCAGGCUACUGAAGUUGGGUGGAAAUACAAAUAUUUUUUUGCAUAACUAAGUGUUCUAGAAGUAUUAUUUGAAUGAAGUUAUGGGGACCUUGUAUCUGGUAAUAUUUGCAUGUGUCUCUAAGUGCCCACCUGGCUCAGGGGCUAGUCUGCUCAGAAACCCUCACUGGCUGGCCACACCGCAGUUCCAGCACUGUCCUCUUCCAUGUGGCAGGCUGAGGGCUGGGUACAAAUGAAGCCACUUUGCCACCUCUAGGGUGACUGAGUCUCCAUUAAGCUCUGGAUUAUUGCUUUUUCACCCACCUGGGCUUCAGUUUCCCACCUCUCCUCCCCACUCUUUGCAGGAAAGCCAGAAAGGCCUUCUUGAGACAUAAGACAAGCAAGUCAUCUCUGAACCCUGAAGGCCUGAGAGCAGCAUACUCAGCCUUGCAUGCUUUUGCCCAUGAUUCCCAGAUCCCCUGACCCUGUACAUCUUUUGCUUUCAGGGGAGUUUGAUGAAAAGUCCUUAGUAUUUUCUCUUAAUUAUUCAUGAAGCCCGAAGGGCCUCAUAUUUGACUUUUUGACUUGGCCUUUGCUGAUGUUCCUGUGACUUGAAACUCCCAGAAGAGAGCAAGAGGGGAGCUGCACCUGUAUUAAAGAUUCCAGGCCAAAUGGCUUGUUUGAAAUUGUUUUUCAAACCACGGCCAAAUUAUCUUGGGCUAUUUUUGGUCUCUCUGAACUCCCUGACACCCCCCCCCCCCCCCCCCCCGCCCCCGUGUCUGACUUAACAUCCUUGUGAACUAUCAAAACCGUACACUACUUUUCUUAGCUAUUCCACAAGCUAAGAAGGUCACUGGACAGCACCUGAAACCUACAGCAGAGAGCUCCCCUCUUUGCUAUAACUUGCCAAUUGUGGUCCCUUCCAAAGGACUUUCCUUGUUCUGUAACUACAAACACUUCCAAAAUGGAACAUGGUAUUUGGGGAAACCUGAAUUUGUGUUCCUGGCCAUGGUCACUCACAUUUGGCUCCAAAAUAAACGAUCUUAUUCCCUUUAAGGUGAGUGGACACUUCCCUCCCUCCAUUAAUUAAAUCCUAGGUUUAUUCCCUGGACCACCUGGAUGGCUGUCUCAUGACUACCUGGCAGUUCUCUUCUGUUAAAAUGAGUCAGUUCCUCAGUACAUUUGCAUAUGAAGUGUAUGCAAGCACAGAUGUGUGCUGCUGGAUGGAACCUAGCAUCUCCUAUAUAAUAGCUCUGUAAGACUUUGCACUGAGGUAUUUUGAGACAGGAUUUCAUUCUGUAGGCCAGGCUGGUCUUGAACUCACAAGAACCUUACUCUAGCCUCCUGAGUGCUAGGAUACAGGCUCACGCAUCCUAGGCUGGCCUCAAACUCUCUGUAUAGCUGAAGAAAGACCUUGAACUUCUGAUUCUCCUGCCUCCACAUCCCCAGAACGUGGGAGUUUGCCACAAUACCCAGUUUAUGAGGUGCCGGGGAUGGAACUAAGAACCUCAUGUUCGCUAUGUCCCCAACCCUUAAGAGACACCCGAACAUGCUCAUAUACUGAUGGGAUAGCAUCGGCAGUUUUCUGUUGCCCAUGAGAUAAGCCCGAUGCAAAAGUCAGAAGCGGAAAGGGGUGGGGACAAUGAAAACAGAUCAAACAGGAACUCCUCUUGGCGGUAUAAUUCUCUAAGGAAUGUGAUGAGGGCUGUCUGCAUAGGGUCUUGAGAGGUUCCGUGGACAUGUUCAAACAGCAAUGGGGCGAAGAACGGCCCGAAUCAUUAAGCAGCAGCUACUGUUUCUUACUGUCUCUGAACGCAGUUUCGGGUGUUAUCUCAGGCGAGCCUCAGAAGGGCCAAGGUCUUACCCUCCGUUCCCAGGUCCCGAGGAUUAAACGCACGCAUGCUUAUGCAAGCUCUCCACUAGAUUAUUUUGACCCUUUUCUUUCUUUUUAUUUUGAGACAGGGCUCACUAAAAUUGCCCAGGCUGGGCUCGAAUUCCUAAGGUCCAGACUCCUAAGCAGUUGUGAUUUCAGGCCUGCGCUGUCAGAUUUUUAACUCCAUGUUUUCAAACUCCACAACGAGUUUACAAAGGGCGGGGAACUCGCCGAAAACGACCGUGUCGAUGGACACUUUAGCUAACAUAAAAACCACACUGAAGCCUUCGCGCAGGCGCGCUGGAACUCGCUCCCGGCUCUCCGCUACCCAGAAUUCCCGGGGCGGUGGAGACCACUCGCUCCACGGAGCGGGGGAGUCCCGCGGGUUCCCGUGAGCCUUUGCCACUCCCGCCCUCCCUCGUGCGGGAAGUGGUCUGUCCCGAGCCCUUAAGAGCGGGGCGCACGGGCGCCGCGGUCUCUCUCCGCGGACACGAUGUGGUCGUUCGUGGUUCCUCCCUGUAGCCGGUCCUGGCGCCGGGGCCUAGCGGAGCGCAGCCGGUGCGAUGCCGAGCCGGCCCGGCCUCCCAGCCCCGCCGUGGGCGCUGCGCAGACCUGAGGAUCCGGCUGACCGCAGUCGCUCAAGCCUCGGCGAUGGACUGCGCGAGUGUUCGAAUGGUCUCCGGACUUUUUGUUCUUUUAACCUUUCAGAGGGAGAACUGAGCGGACGUCGAGGAGGAGCAGUGCAGUGUGCCGCCGUGAGGUCGGAAAUUUAGGGUGGAGGACUGCCAGCAGCCGUGGCCUCCCAUGAGGAGUGUCCACUUCAAGUUUUGAGAACUGAGUGCUGAGAACAUUGAGGAAUGCAGUCUCUGUUGGCAGCCGCAGUGGAGGAGGAGGCUGUCUCCAGAGGAGUCUCCAGCAGCAGUACCGCCACCAACUUGGGAUUCUGAAAGCAGCCUCUUUUAAGCUUGUUAUGAAAACAGUCCAGCAUGUGUCUGCUGACCCUGUUCUGUCUGGUCAGGCACAUUUAGUGAUCAUCCUACCCCACGGGAGCUUCCACACACGUUAAUAAAAUGUUUGUGCACAAA